AUGGGGGACAGGACCAUGCUUAACUGGAUCUGCUGCUCUUGUUGUGGGGGAGAUGAAGCUGAGGAGAAGACUCCAAUCAUCAGCGAGACCUUGCUGUACUUUGCCCAGGAGGCUCAGCGAAGGCGAUCAGAGCAAACCAACCUGUGGAGUGAACCCCACGACACCUCCCACACGGAGAGAGACGAUGAUCGGGAACUUUACAACCUGCUGCAGAAACGGUCCAGGACACGCAGAGGUUCCCAGGGUUACCGUCGGCUGAGCCUGGACAUUGAGGCGGUUCGGCAGGAGCGGAGGGACGUGCUGGGGAAGUGGAAGGUCAUCCUGCAGAGUCUGGGGUUUGCAGCGGAGGCGGACUCCCUGCUGACGGUCACCUCCACCACCACCUACAGCAGCCUCCGCAGCGCUCCGCACGCCAAGCAUCUGCUCGACACAUUGGCUCAGGAGACCAACAUCUUCGACAGCAAGAUGCCUGCUGAGAGGUACAUCUAUGUGCUGGACCGCCUCAUCACCCUGGAUGCGGCGCAGGACUUCGUGGCCAAGGCCCGCAGUUACUUCCCCCGCGACCCCGGGCCGGAGCCGGAGACGGAGCCGCCGGCAGACGCGGCCGCCGUGCUGGUGAAGAAAAGCGAGAUGAGCUUGGUGACGGACGAGGAGUUGGAGGAGCUGGAUGAGGAAGCCGUUCUCUCCCGGUCCCUGGAACUCUGA